AUUUAAGCAUGGAUCAUGGAAUAAUUGUGCAUGAUGCAAUGUAUGCCUAACAUUUCCUUGUAAAUCAAGAAACAAUGGAGGUAUUGGGUUUGGGAAAUGAAGCAUGCAGAUUGAGGUAUUAAAAUGUGGCGGUGAAGCUGAGUAAAGUCACUUAGAAGAACAUCAAGGACCAGAAGAACUGAACAGCAACAAGAUGUAUCUCCUUUUAGUCUUUGCUUUGACUUUUACGCUUUCUGCCCAACAGGGUGGAAUGUUGGGCUUGGGUGGUGGAGGUGGAGGUGGAAUGAUGGGUGGAAUGAUGGGUGGUGGAGGAGGAGGUGCAAAUCCGGGUGGAAUGAUGGGUGGUGGAGGAGGAGGUGCAAAUCCGGGUGGAAUGUUGGUAAGUAGCUUUUGGUUUAUUUUGUGCUAUUCUGAAUAUUCUUCCAUCCUUUUUCUCCUUAACCUCUCAUCAGCCUUCAAUACCAUCAACCACAGUAUCCUUUUGGGCCAACUACAGGAUUCAGGGCUGAGCACUAUUGCACUGGUUUGGCUCCUUUCUCCAAGUUUGGUUCUAAUUGGUGUUGAUAGGGAGUUAGUGGCCCAGCCCACAACCAUUGCUUUAUGGCAUGCCACAGGGCUCAGUACUCUUUCUACUUCUUUUGAACAACUAAUGAAGCUGUUGGGUGAGACCAUUCACCACCAUGGAUUGAGGUAUCAUCAGUAUGUGAUUAUGUUUCUUCCUCGAGGUUCCAAAGCCUUGUUUUGGUAUCUGUCCAGUUCCCAAGCUGGCAAGUGGGCAGCUUAUCCUAGGUUCCCAAGCCUAAAGUGGGUAUCUUAUAUAGUUUCCAAGCCAAAGUCCAUACCGUUUGUAUGAACUGCCAAAUUCCAACAAUCGCUUAUUUAUUAUUGAAUUUACAUUCUUUAGUGUCGCUUCUGGGAAUUGAUACUAUCGACCUGAUGAUGUAACUGAAGGAGCUGGAAGCACACAAAUAAGAUGUGAUUCUGGAACCCCAACAAACAUCUUGUCUUUCAGGCCAAUAAAAUGAAUGAGCAGGGUCUCGCGGAUGCAUAAAUGUUAGGAAUGCAUCAUUGUGUUUGAUCAAAAUUUCCAUGAUGUUGCCUACCCACCAUAUUUUGUCAUAAAUGCAGGAAACAUAACAACCGGGAAAUGUGUCAGCCAAUAUUAAAUUCGGCUCGACGUUAUUGGACAUUUUGGUCACAAACUUAAUCGUGUCAUUUGAAACGUUGCUGACAGAAGUCAAAUUUGAAUCAACUGGCACAAACUGGUGAUGAUCUCUUGAGCCAGCUAUUGUGCUGCUAACUUUCCAUCUUUCUUCUUGCAUUAUCCUCAGCGAAGAGGACACAGCAGCUUUUAAUAUGAUUACAUAGGUUAUUGAUGUAAAGCAGAAAGAGUGUGGUUUCUAAAAUGCUGCCUUGGGGGGCACUGCUGUUAACAGAUGCCAGAUUUGAAUGGGCCCUCCCUAUUUUGACUAUUUGUUGCCUGUUGGACAGGAACAUGGCUAUCCACUUGUGCAGGGAUCCAGAGAUGCCGUAAGACCUUAGUUUCAACAGUAGUUUGUCAUGCACUACUGAGUCAAAGGCUUUUCAGAAGUCUAUGUAAAUUGCAUAAAUUGGGUUGCACUACCCCAGACAGACCCGGCCCAUAACUUGGAUUCUCCUGCACUUGUGACUCCUGAUUGAAGAGCAGAUGGCAGUCAUGGGCUAGGAGAGCCUUUGUACAACUUUGUGUUAUGUGCCAGUUGCUAUUAUCCCUGAUAGGAAUUGCUACAGUUAUUACCUUUAAAACCCCGCACAGGAUGGGGCGAGGUUACGUCCAUCAUUUAUGUCUACCAAAGGAGACUCUGGGGAAAGGAAAGAAUUACGUUAGUUUUCAUUGCUAUCUGGCCAAUAAUAUGCGGAUCGUUUCACUUGCAUGGAAAAGAGAAAUGUCAAGUUAUUAGAAGAGGGAGAUAUUCUAUCUAUCUAUAUCUUGACAUCUGUUUGAUACAAGGAUAUAGAUAAUCCUUGAUUUAUGACUAUUUGUAUAAUGAUGGUUUGAGGUUAUGACAGUGCCGAAAAAAUGACCUAUGAUCUCUCCUCAAAGUUAUGACCAUCGCACCAUCCAUUAGACCAGUGACUGUGAUUUAUGUGCUCGGUAACUGGCUCACAUUUACCAUGGCUGCAAUGUUGUGGUCAUGUGAUCAUGACGUGCAACUUUCCCAGCCAGUCUGCAACAAGCAAAGUCAAUGGGGGAAAGUUUUGCUUAAUGACUGUGAUAAAAAAAAAAGAGUCAAAAAAAAGUUCCAUAUUGUGGUUGUGAGAAUAUGGAACAAUAUUGAAAAGGGAAAUAUUUUUCUCUUUCAAAACAUUUAAUGUAUCUGCAUCCCUAUUACUGAAUAUUGUGUGAAAGAACACAUUUUAUAUCUGGGCAAUGAAGGAAUUCAUAUAUAUUAAACUAAAGAUGGCAAUGAUGAUGUGGUUGGAGAAGUCAAGAGUGUUAUGACAUUAGUUUCCUUUUGUUUCCCUUUUAGAGUAAUCUGUUGGUAAGUAGCUUUUGGUUUAUUUUGUGCUAUUCUGAAUAUUCUCCCAUCUGAACAAGCACCCCGUUUAUCUCCUUUCCACCUACACCAAAAGCAUCUCUAACGUCCCCAGAGCAUAAGCUCACCUGAUGAACAAAAUUGAUUACAUUUGCUCCCAGUUGGAACCCAAGCAUGGUGAAUGUCCAUGUGAGAUGUCCAGGGGAAGAUCUUGAUCAGUUACCAGUUCAAUCCUGUUAGACCAGGGGUAAAAUCUACUUACCUUUCCUACCGGUCCCUCCGUGCACGCUUGGAUCCUCUGCACAUGUGCAAACCCUUCUGCGCAUGUGCAGAGGGUAAAAAACAGGUUACUUCCUAGUGAAAACCAGGAAGUAACAAUGUCUGGGCAGGUGUGCGAAGCCUCAUGCUGAUGCCGCUACCAGUUCUCUGAACCACCCACCACCGCCGCUACAGGUUCGCCGAACCACUGCGAACAGGUAGCAUUUCACCCCUGUGUUAGACCCAAUGAAAUGAACAGGGUACUCAAGGCUCUCAGCGCAGUCAUCUGUCGAUUAGAUCAUUGACCCUCCUGGUUGGUGAAAGCCACCAGGAUGAUGACUUUUAGGUGGGUUCAAGCAGAGGUGAAUUCUUCACUGCAGGAGGGGACAGUUCUGGGGGCUUUUAAGGAGGCCAUUAAAGAGCCAUUUGGACCCAUUUUCCACAGAAAAGAAAAUACCGGAAGCCACAAAACCUGGGUGGGAGAGGCCAACGCAACGUCACUCAUUUCCAUCAGUCACAUGACCCCCUAGCCACGCCUACCCAACUGGUCAUCAGGGCAGAGAACCGGUUGUUGAAAAGCACCGGGAACCUCAAAACCCUUUUGACAUCUCUCUCUCCCUCCCUCCCCCCUCUCCCUCUCUCCCCCCUCUCUCUGCCUCUCUCUCUCCCACUCUUUCUGUAUCUCUCUGUCUCUGCCCCGGCCACUUCUCCAUUUCCCGUCAUCGUCCUUAUCUUUUCAGGCCAGGCAAGGAGGGACUGGGAGGGGAGAGCAAGGGGCGGGGCCAGCCAGUGGUAGGAUCACCUGACAGGGAGCCACAGCAGAGGGCCCAAAGAGCCGCAUGUGGCUCUGGAGCCCCAGGUUGGUGACACUCAGAAUAAUGCAACUAUCCUUUUUCUCCUUAACCUCUCAUCAGCCUUCAAUACCAUCAACCACAGUAUCAUUUUGGGCCAGCUACAGGGUUCAGGGCUGAGCACUAUUGCACUGGUUUGGCUCCUUUCUCCAAGUUUGGCUCUAAUCGGUGUUGAUAGGGAGUUAGUGACCCAGCCCACAACCACUGUUUUAUGGCAUGCCGCAGGGCUCAGUACUCUUUCUACUUCUUUUGAACAAGUAAUGAAGCUGUUGGGUGAGACCAUUCACCACCAUGGGUUGAGGUAUCAUCAGUAUGUGGUUAUGCUCAACUUUAUAUCUCCACCUCUGGUGAUCCAAGUGAUGGUGCUGCUGCCCUCCCACAGUGUCUGGAGGCUUUGAGGGGCUGGAUGGUUUCAAUUGAACCCUGCCCAGACAAAUGGCUUUGUAUGGAUGGAAUUGCAAUAUCUGGGACUUCAACAACCUUAAUUUUGGAUGGGAUUGUACUACCCCAGAGAGACCCAAGCCAUGACUUGGGGUUCUCCUGCACUUGUGACUCCUGAUUGAAGAGCAGGUGGCAGUCAUGGGCUAGGAGAGCCUUUGUACAACUUUGUGUUAUGGCCAGUUGCUUUUAUCCCUAAUCAGGAAUUGCUGUGGUCA